AUGGCUCGUACUAAGCAAACAGCUUGGAAAUCCACUGGAGGAAAAGCCCCAAGGAAGCAAUUAGCAAAAAAAGCAGCUCGUAAAUCAGCACCAGCAACCGGAGGAGUGAAGAAACCACACAGAUUCAGGCCAGGAACUGUUGCUCUUCGUGAAAUCAGAAAGUAUCAGAAGAGUGCCGACCUUCUGAUCCGUAAACUCCCAUUUCAAAGAUUAGUUCGUGAAAUCGCUCAAGAUUUCAAGACUGAUUUAAGGUUUCAGAGUUCAGCAGUUGCGGCAUUACAGGAAGCAGCUGAAGCUUAUCUUGUUGGUUUGUUCGAAGAUACUAAUCUCUGUGCGAUUCAUGCUAAAAGGGUUACUAUGAUGCCUAAAGACAUUCAACUUGCCAGGAGAAUCAGAGAAUGUGAGCAAUGGUGUUUAUGGCAGUAUCAAGCAGCAUCGGUAAGGAGAGUGUUUGAUGGACCACCAACACGAACGGGUCAUCAUCACCAGUCUUAUUCGCGAAGGUCCUCCAUUUCAGAUGUCUCAUCGAUGGAGUGA